GGCCCCACAUCACCGUAUCAUCUCGUUCCGUCCAGCGAUCGCGCGCGCAUCAUCAUCAUUGGUCGCUCUCACCAGUUGUUAAUCAACAUGCCUUCGCUGCGGCCAGAACGGUGUACGAUCAUUUGCUGUCUCCUGAUGGCGCUGUGCAGCUUUGCGACAUCACGAAAUGUCUUCAAAAACCGUUUCCUCGAAGAGUAUCAACCGUACGCGGGACCGUGGAAUGAUGAUUUUGACUGGAGUUUGAUAAAGGAGAUCCUGCCGAAAGUUCCGGGCAACGUGGUGCUGUCACCGAUAUCGGUCAAGACCCUGCUGGCACUGCUGUACGAGGGAAGUGCAACGCGAUCGGAAACGCAACGUGAGCUAAGCCGAACGCUCGGUAUCGACGAUCCGCAGGCCGUCGGCAAGCUGCAGGAGGAUCUGCGUCAGUACAAGAGCCAAACGACCGAAGGACUGCUUAUCACGGACCGUGUGUUCCACAACGUCUCGAUCCCGGUGACGCACAAGUACCGAAUCAUUAUCAACGACCAGUACAAUGCAUCGACAGAGGAAAUCAAUUUCGGUGAUCCGGAUGCGGCAUCCGUUCACAUCAAUCGCUGGAUCUCCCAUAACACCGGAGGGCUUAUUGAGGAUGUUGUACGUGCGGACACCUUACGUGAGACGCUGCUAUUGCUGAUCAAUACGAUCUACUUCAGGGGCAACUGGGUUGAACCGUUCCCGUUGAAUGCAACCGCCGAGCGACCGUUUUACGCCACCCGAAGCACCACACCCGGAAAGGCCAUCUUUAUGAAGCAACGAGAGCGAUUGUUCCACCAUGGACGCUCCGAGCAGCUCGGAGCACAGAUUCUUCGCCUGCCCUACCAGCAGAAUCAGCUAGCAAUGAUCGUAGUGUUGCCAGAUGAAGGGCUAUCGCUGGAUCAACUGCUAGUGCGCCUAACGCCCGAUGCCGUCCAUCGCGAGCUGACCGAGCUGUCCGAAGAGGAGAUCGACUUAGAGCUGCCCAAGUUCAGCAUUCGCUAUGCGGGAGCUCUGCGUGAACCACUGCAGCGAUUAGGGCUGACGCGGAUCUUCAGCGAUCAGGCCGAGCUGCCAUUGAUUGCGCGCGGUCUGUCCACACCGCUCAAGGUUAGCACGAUCCUGCAGAAGAGCUGCAUCCAGGUGGACGAACAAGGUACCCAGGCAUCGGCGGCCACCGAAAGCUCGCUCGUCUUCACCAUUCUCAGCGAACCGGUCAAGUUUAUCGCAAACCGGCCGUUCUUGUUUCUAAUUCUUGACGAAGCCAAAGGUACCUGGCUGUUCGCCGGGAAGGUUGAGGAUCCCUCGCUGUAAACGGAGACGCUAAAGACGCAACAGACAGCGCCGUUUGGCUCCAAACAACAGAACAAUAAAGAUGACGCGAAUGGA